CCGCGGUCAAAAUUCGAAAAUCCGUGGAUCUCUCUUCUUUUACACUGUUUCUCUGCGAAUUUCAAGAUUUUAUAUCAAGGCUUUGCAGACUUAAUCCACCGUCACCAUGCGCUUCACAGUUGCAUCUGUCGCAGCUCUAGCCACUCUCGUCCCUUUCGCCACAGCGAGAAACUGCAGCAAGAAUCUCGAUUACUGUGGAUCUACUCUUCUAGGCAUCGGCAACUACUAUGACCAGAUAGUGAGCGCCCUUAGAGCAGCUGGCAAGCCCACAGAUGACAACUGGAGGAAAAAGUCGCUAUUCUAUUGCGCAGGUGGACCAAAUGGAGAAAUCCAUUUUGUUGAGUACUGUGGUGAAAGAUGCGUUGAUAACGGCCAAGGCCGCAGUGAUUCGUGCUACAGACCAUAGAUUUGGGAAGCUCUCUGUCGAUUUCCGUCACGUCAGCUCUUGGUGAAUAGACUAAAGAUACUUCAUCAUUGCGCACAAUUUCUUUCUUGUGAAUCUCACAUUUACUUGGAUGAUGCUUGAAUACGUGCUUGCUGCAGAUCAGAAAGUUCUAGCUGCCGGUCAACAAAUGAGAGAAAACACGUACAAUGGACGUUGGAUUUUUCUCCGUCUUCAUCUUGAU